GUUCUGACCAAUGGCAGCUGACGCAUCGUUUCGAGAAUAAGAGGGCCCAAGCAAGCUGCAGUUUACCGGAUACCGGGCGGGAUGUUAAGGCGGACUUGAUAUUUCCUGGUAUCAUAUCCGUUCAUAUUCUCUUUUCUUUCUUUUUUAAGUUUUUCUACCUUUCAUAUAUAAUCAAACAGAAUGUCGACCCCUACUAGAAGACGUUUGAUGCGUGAUUUCAAAAGACUACAAAGCGAUCCACCAGGAGGUGUAUCAGGUGCUCCUUGCCCUGACAAUAUCAUGAUGUGGAAUGCAGUAAUCUUUGGGCCUUCCGAUACCCCUUUCGAAGACGGCACGUUUAAACUGGUUCUACAGUUUGAUGAGACUUAUCCAAACAAACCACCUCAGGUCAAGUUCGUAUCGAAAAUGUUCCAUCCAAACGUGUAUGCCAACGGUGAACUGUGUCUCGACAUUCUUCAAAACCGUUGGAGCCCUACCUAUGACGUGGCUGCUAUCCUGACCAGCAUCCAGUCCUUGCUGCAUGACCCCAAUCCCAACUCGCCCGCCAAUGCCGAGGCCGCUAAUCUCUACCGUGAAAACAGAAAGGAGUACGUGAGACGAGUGCGUGAAACUGUGGAAUCCUCUUGGGAGUAAAGAAAAGAAUGAUCACAUCUCUUUUUCUCAACCUACCCCCCUCCAUAGUAAGUUUUUCUCUGGUGCCACAUUUUAUAUAUAUUAUUCACUCACACAUUUAUGCGCACACAUUCAAAAAAAGAAAAGACUGAGGGGUGGGCUUUGAUCUGGUCUCCUUCACUCUCUCUUUCCAUCUCUUCCUCAAAUACACACCCAUACACACCUACACAUUACACGCAGAUCCACAUUACAUAUAAUUCACGAUUUGUUUCUUUUGUGGAUAGCGAGAUCCACACAUGUUUCCUUUCUGUGCAUCCCCUCUUUUCCAAGGUUUCAACCCCUCUAUCAUCCUUCUUUUUUUUUCCAAAUUGUAUAAAAUGGUCGU